UCCAGCACAGGUUCUUACCGCGUCCUUUCUGCAACGACUGAAUAUCGAGAGCACUUGUCACCAUUAAUUCAGCCCUCUCCUCAAGCAUCGUACCUUGAGGUCUACGAAACAUAACCGCUUUUAUAAUUUAGGCAACCAAACAUUGCAAGAGUUACUAUCAGGUCUCAACAUGGCUGACGACGUUAGCAUGACCAUGCAAGAAGAACAAGAGGAGGAGAACCUUGAAGAAAAGAUUAUAAAUGAGGAGUAUAAGACUUGGAAGAAGAAUGCUCCUUUUCUUUACGAUAUGAUGUUGAGUACUGCAUUAGAAUGGCCUACGCUUACAACUCAGUGGCUGCCCGACGUCCAAGCUGUCCCCGACAAGCCGUACACGGCCCACCGCUUACUUAUUGGAACAAACACGUCUGGCGCUGCUCCGAAUUACCUUCAAAUCGCCCAAGUCCAUCUUCCGAAUCCAGUAGCUCCCGAUGCCGCAGACUAUGAUGAGGAGCGCGGAGAGAUUGGCGGUUACGGUGCUUCCAAUAAGAAGCCCGCGGGCGAAGUCAAGUUCACCAUUGUCCAGAAGAUUGAUCACCCAGAGGAAGUAAACAAGGCGAGAUAUAUGCCUCAGAAUCCAAACUUGAUUGCUACUAUGUGUACGGAUGGCCGAGUCCUGGUUUGGGACAGAACAAAGCAUAGCAGCAUCCCCAAGGGAACGGUUGAUCCUCAGAUGACACUCGAAGGCCACAAGAAGGAGGGUUUUGGUCUCAGCUGGAGCCCACACGAGGAUGGACAUCUUGCCACUGGAUGCGAAGAUUCGACUGUCCGACUAUGGGAUAUUACGACUUACUCCAAGACUUCAAAAUCGUUGCGUCCGACUCGCACAUAUACCCAUCAUGCAGCGACCGUGAAUGACGUUCAGCACCAUCCGCUGCACUCGGCUCUUAUCGGCACAGUCUCGGAUGAUUUAACGCUCCAAAUCGUGGACGUGCGUAACCCUUCAACCACGACAUCGGCUACUCAGGGAAGCGGCCAUCAAGAUGCGAUUAAUGCUCUGUCCUUCAACCCCGCGUCGGAAUAUGUGGUGGCAACUGGUUCGGCGGAUAAGACGAUUGGCAUCUGGGAUUUGAGAAAUCUCAAGUACAAGCUGCACUCUCUUGAAGGACACCAGGAUUCUGUGACUUCACUUUCUUGGCAUCCAUUUGAGGAAGCUGUCCUGGGUAGUUCUAGCUAUGAUCGGCGGGUCAUGUUUUGGGACUUGAGCCGAGUUGGCGAGGAGCAAACGCCCGAGGAUGCAGAAGAUGGGCCACCAGAGCUGCUUUUCAUGCAUGGCGGUCACACCAAUCGGGUAUCCGACUUCUCGUGGAAUCUGAACGACCCGUGGGUGGUGUGCAGUGCAGCCGAAGAUAACCUCAUCCAGGUGUGGAAGGUGGCCAAUGCCAUUGUUGGCAAGGAUGUCGAGGACGUGCCGACCGAAGAGUUGGAGCAGUAGAUUGUUUCAGGCGUCGAAAGGUUUUGUUCUGGGAAGGCGCAGUUUUCAUAUGAAUGUUUUUUUAUCACGUUGUGAAUCAGGCUGGUCUUUGGAGCUGUUUCAUCAGUCUGGCAGCAUUUCGAGCGCAGUAUGGACCGUCAGAUCUACAAGGAAUAGGGGCACGAUUGCCAGGCAUAAUUUAAAAAGUAUCUUAUUGCAACGGCAAAUGGUCUCAUUGAUGGGAGAGAGAUUUCUUCUCUCAUGGUCGAACAGAUAAUACAUAUGCUUCUCCAAUGGGACCUGUUCACUCUUCAAAGCGGACUCAGCGAGCAUAAACAAUGCACACAUCGUCAAC